AUGAAGGCCCUUAAAAUGCUGUUGCAUCGAACGACUUGCCAUGUGCUUUGCUUACUCCUUUUGGCGAAAGUCGCCGCUCAGGGUCAAGACCGCACGUCUAUCACUGCAGAUCAUGAUGAGGGACAGGGCGAGGUGGACACACCUGACAUAGCGAAGGACGGAUCAUCAACAGUCGCUAAUCGGCAAAAUCUCAAUGACAGCGUGGCCGCCUCACACGAUGUCGAUUGCGAUCCCACGUGGGACGGUAUUCCGCCGGAAGCAUCAUACCAAAUUGUUUUCACAACCAGAGCAGCUCUUUCGGAAAUGGGUGUUCAAGUGCAUCGAGGGAAUGUUGAGCCUGUGUUCAAGAAUCGAGUGCGAAUUCCGUCUGUUUCCGAUAUGCUUGACGAGACAGCCAUUAAACGCCAUGAAGACCAACUGAUGGCUGGGGGUUUUGUUCUGCAAACAGCAGAGCACGUCGUUUUAUUGAAGCCGGAAGGGAAAUUCCUCGAGUGUAACUACUGUGCUGGCGAUGCUACGUACCAAGUUGUCCAGCUGUUAUCUGUGGGUGAGGACGACGACGGCAUCGUUUUCCAUUUCGUCUCUCUAACGUAUCCCACCUGGAAGUUUGGGUCUUUUCUGCUCUCCAUCCCUGGAUCAGCCUUGGCUUUCCACGGCAAUAAGAAGCCAGCAAUUAAUGAUGUUGGCCUGUUAGCUUGUAUUGGCCGAGGAUACCAGCCAGUCUUCUUUCCUAAGCCAUUGGAAACGGGUAGCCAAGCACCAGUCUUCCGCACCGGUCCUUUCCAAGAGAAGGUGGACGUCGUUAAUGUUCGGGCGUUUCGUGGUUCCCAGCAGAACACUAGCUUGCUGGAGGUUACCUUGUCCCUGCGGGAGAGCACUCAUGCUGUCGCCCACGUAAUGAAGGAGGGGACGACUGUCGUCUAUUACGCCUCUGUCUUCGGCCCACCUGUUGUUCAAAGUGCCUUGGUCCUGGGUUCCUUCACUGCGAAACGAAAGUGGUGGCUGCAGAGGAAUACACGUACUGGUCCUGUUCUUCUCAAGUGCUCGGCUUGGGAGAGCCUUAUUAAGAAGACCAUCCGUCGGCUCUCUGGUCAGGGCCAGCUUAUAACCAAACGGCGCUCCCGCAAACCCUGGAUUAUCGCAGGCCUUCUGGGAGCGACAACACUGUUGUCAGUGGGGUCAAUAGUAAAGGGGUAUCGACGAGAUAGUCAACGCGGGGUCAACGUGUGGAAUUACGGCGUUGGCCUGUUGCCGGAUCGUGUAAGAGCAAGUUUCCGUAUAGGGGAGAUUUCCAGCUUAAGUGCAAGUGUGAAUCCGUACAACCUAGUGACGGCAGCUGGUGUCGCUUCUGCGGACACAAUCUUGGAUAGUCGCGUCAUCAGGGCUGCUGUUAACACGUCUGGAUUGAGGGGAGCUGCCAACGCCGUUUUGCUGAAAGGUGGUGGGCUAUACGGUGCAGGAGCAAGUGUCGCUGCAGCGGUUUUGCUGAUCAAAUAUCACGCAAUACGAGGCGCCUGGAGAGCAGUCAAAAAACGACUAGCACAACAGGAGCUGAACGACAUCGUAGGCGACGUCAUUGGAGCAGCUAAAGGUGAUGAAAUAUCAACACGACUGAGGCGAGGCACUCUAUUUGUUGUUCUCGAUGAAGCCUAA